AUGCCUGAAGAAAAGGCUCAGCAGGAUACCUUUGAGAGGGUGAUGGAGCAAAGAAGUCCUAUCACUGGCGACAGAAUGGCUCUUGUCACAGAGGCAGAGGAGAAGGCUGUCAUGCGCAAGCUUGAUUUCCAUAUUCUGCCUCUUUUGUUCCUGGUGUACACAUUUUCCAACUUGGAUCGCAGUAACUUGGGCAAUGCUCGUCUUGCAGGAUUGACAGAUUCUGUGAACUUGGAGGGCAAACGUUACGACUGGCUUGGAACGGCUUUCUAUAUCGCAUGUGAGUCACAGAACCAACAGGAGUGGCCAGGUUUUUCUACCAUAUCAGCAUGCCAGGCUGCCGUCACCAAUUACGCCAGUCUGGUCGUCCUGCGUGUGCUGCUCGGUUGUUUCGAAGGCAUGUUUUCCGGUGUGCCUCUAUAUCUGUCCUUCUUCUACCCCAGAGACAAAGUUGGCUUCCGCCAGGGCAUCUUCCUCUCUGGCUCUGCCCUUGCAAACGCAUAUGGAGGCGUUUUGGGAUAUGCUAUUCUGGGUAUUCGGGGCUCGGUUGCGCCAUGGCGAUGCCUGUUCCUCAUUGAAGGGUUACCAGUAUGGAUCGUCGCCAUCCUGGCAUGGUUCUAUCUCCCGGACGACCUGCUCAGCGCCAGAUUUCUUACCGACAGAGAAAAAGAAGUUGCCUGGCAGUGUGUUGGACGGGGACAAACCGUCGACUCAGAGGGCGCGGGAGGGGUUAGCUGGGCAGAAUGGCGUUCAGCAUUCUUGGACUGGCGGAGUUAUGUGCCAGGCUUGAUGUACUUCUCCUGCAACGUAUGCUUUGGCUCGCUGCCUCUCUUCAUUCCGACUAUCAUCUCCGAAAUGGGCACGUUCAACCACCAAGAAAGCAAUGGACUGUCCGCUCCCCCAUACGCUCUCUGCUUUAUCACAAUUCUGGCAUGUGCUUUUGCCAGCGACCGGGCUAAGCUACGUGGACCCUUUGUGGCCGCUGCUGCAAUUGUAUCAACAAUAGGAUACUGCCUUCUCGGUGUUUCCGAGGGGGUAGCUGCUCGAUAUGCGGGAGUCUUCCUCAGUGUACAAAUCUUUGUCAGUAUCAGCAUCCUGCUUCCGUGGGUUUCGAGCGUACACCACACUGAGAGCAAGCGCGCCGGUGGGUGGGCAAUAUUCGCUACGCUGGGCCAGUUUGGGCCCUUGGUUGGCACGAACAUAUUCCCCAAAGACCAGGGACCGUACUAUCACAAGGGUGCUUGGAUCUCCUGUGGGUUUACCUCGUUGGUCGUGCUCCUCAGUAUAACAUACUCGCUUUUACUUUGCUGGGAGAAUAAGCGACUGGACAGAGUGAUGAUUGAGGACGCCGGCGUAGCAAUGGAGGGCGAUGAUCAUCCAGGGGGGUUCCGAUAUGUCGUUUGA